UCAGUAAUCAAGAUGGAUAAGAAAUCAUUUGAAACCGUGCUGGAUGAAAUUAGGAAGGCUGUAUUGACUGAGUACAAAUUAAAAGCUAUUGAAUAUGUUCAUGGAUACUUUUCCAGUGAACAGGUUGUUGAAUUACUGAGAUACUUCUCCUGGGCAGAACCACAGCUUAAGGCAAUAAAGGCUUUACAACAUAAAAUAGUGGCAGUUCCAGCAUCAAAAAUGGUUAAUAUUCUCAACUGUUUCACAUUCAGUAAAGAUAAACUUAUUGCCCUUGAAAUCUUAGCUUCCAACAUUGUUGAUGCUCAGAAUUAUCGCCUUAUUGAAGAUCUGUUCAGAAUUAAUAUGUCAGAGAAGAAAAGAUGCAGAAGAAUUCUCGAACAGGCUUCAAAAACAGGUUGUAAGGCUCCUCAUGCUAUGAUAUCAUCCUGUGGCAUGAUUCCUGGCAAUCCUUAUCCCAAGGGCAAACCAAGCCGCAUAAACGGAAUUUUUCCAGGAACUCCUAUCAAAAAGGACACAGAAGAAUGUACUAAUGAAGGAAAGGGAAUAGCAGCCCGUAUACUUGGACCAUCCAAACCAGCCCCAUCAACGUACAAUCCACACAAACCAGUUCCAUACCCCAUCCCACCAUGUCGGCCACAUGCAACUAUUGCACCAAGUGCUUACAACAAUGCAGGCUUAGUUCCAAUGGCCAAUGUCAUAGCUCCAGGCUUACCAGCUCCUCCACCAUACACUGCUAAUCAAGUGGUAUCAGAAAAUGAGGACCUUUCCAGCCAGACUAAACCUUCCCAAAAUCAAGCUUUUUCUGCACAAGCGAAUCAGCUCUUUACUCCUCAUGGUUCUAAUCCUUCAACACCUGCUGCUACUCCAGUCCCUACCCCAUCACCUGUCAAGGCAAUAAGCCAUCCAUUAGCACCUGCAACUCCACUCAUCUCUGGGAUGAACAUGUCUGCCCCUGUCCUUCCUGUUUUCGCAGGACAGGUCUCCUCUUCCAUCCAUACAUCUCAGCCAUCCACCCCAACCCCUACUGUCAUCAAAUCCCUCUCAUUGCCUGGUGUUCCUGUCACAUCUGUUCACAGUGCAACCUCUACCCCUAUCCCCUCAGUUUUUUCUGGGCUGGCUUCUAUCCCUGCUGCUAUGCCCACUCCGCAAGGUUCUUCCACUCCAUGUGCCACACCUGCACCCACUGAAGCUUUUGCAUCUGCUGCUACACCAUUUGCUGGCCUCCCCUUCUCUGCAACCUCUUCAGUUGCUUCUGCUAAUAAUCCUGCUCCACUGUCAUCAGUCUUUGCUGGCCUCCCUUUGUCCUUGCCACCCAAUGCCCAAGGGAUUUCUAGUCCUGUUCCAUCUACGAUUGCUAAUUCUCCUGCUGCUACCGUUCCUGGCUCGCUUAGCUUGCCUAACCCAAUUUUGUCUGUCUUAAAGGGAUUUCUGACAUCAAAUGACACUUCAUUAAUCAAUUCAUCUGCUUUACCUUCUGCUGUGACAAGUGAGCUUGCUUCUUUAUCUGCUCUUGCUAAUCAAAACUCUGACCCUCCCACUUCCUCUGUCAACAAAUGUUUCACUCCAUCAGCCACCCCCAACACACAGCGUUCCUCCACACCUGGGCUGGCUAUUUUUCCAGGUCUUCCAUCCCCAUCUGUAGCCAAUUCGAGUUCCACUCCCCCCACAUUGCCUGCACAGUCACCUCUAACCACUUCACCAUCGAUUAUGCCAGUCAACUGUGGCUCAUCAGCCUCCCUCUUGCAUGGCACAAGUCCUACUAAUCCCGACCAGCAGCUCUCAUCAGCCCCAGUUGCCACAAGUAUCCCAGUUCUGGUCAAAACAGAACCCAUGAGUCCUACCCUGUCGGCCUUCAAAGGCCCUUCUCAUUCAGCCAGCCCUUCUCAUGGCACUCUAGGACUGUCAGGGCUCGGGCGUGCUUACACCUCAGCAGCUUCGGUGCCCGUCAGCUUACCCAGUUCCCUGAAUCCAGCACUGUCAGGGCUCUCCUCUUUGAGUGCUCCACUGAACAACUCCAGUUCUCUGGCUUCCAUUUCCCUCGCCCCACAUGGCUCCUCUGCCCCCAUUGCUCCCGUGUUCAAUGGGCUUCCACCUUUCACGUCUCUAACCAGUAACUUUGCUUUUACUGGUAACCCGGCGCUGACCCCGCCCGUCACUCUCCCAGGCUCUCUGUUGGCCACUGUGGCUACAAGCGCUUCGGCCGUGUCCGCCCCCCAUGUCAGUUCCACCGCUGCCGUACUCUCAGGACUCGCCUCCGCAGCAGUCUCCGCUCCACCCUUCUCACUUAACUUGUCCAGUGCUGUCCCUUCCCUUUUUUCCGUUGCCCAGGGACCUCUGGGAUCAUCAAACCCAUCCUUCCCUGGUUUUCCUGUCUCUAACACACCCUCUGUCACUCCUGCUCUCCCUUCUUUCCCUGGCCUCCAGGCAUCUUCUGCAGUAGCAGCAGUUGCACCGUUGCCAGCAGCUGCCACAGCCCCAUCUCCAGCUCCGGUCCUGCCAGGGUUUGCCUCGGCCUUUAGCUCAAACUUCAACUCUGCACUUGUGGCACAGGCUGGCUUGACUUCUGGACUACAGACACCAGGAAAUGCAGUUUUUCCUGGUCUUUUAUCUCUCCCUGGUAUCCCUGGCUUUCCCCAAAGUGCCACACAAUCUUCCUUACAGGAAUUGCAGCAGAGUGCAGCUGCACAGUCAGCACUACUACAGCAAGCGCAUUCUGCUUCUGCUCUGGAGAACUAUACAGCUCAGCCUGAAGGUUUUGCUAACUAUCCAUCAACACCAGGAACACCAUUUUCAUUGCAGACAAGUCUGCCCCAGAGUGGAUGGCAGUAAAUACCAGGCAUUUCUAAAGACUGCUGUGUUUGCUUGACAGAGCCUGAUCCUAUUCACUUUAAAGGCUGUCUCUGCGAUAGUGGGAGCAUGGUCUGAGUUGGGGAAGGAAAGGGAAAACAUGAGGGUAAAAUGUUUCCAGGAGGCUGUGUUGGAUGUCAACCUUAAUUUUUGAAUUGCUUUCUAUUUGAUUCAGGGUCUGAUCCUGUGAAUUGCUGAGCAUCCUUGACUCUCCUUUAAUUUUAAGAGGUCAAGAUGUGGUAUCUUACAGGAUUAGGAACAAUCAAACAGAUGCUUGUGUAAAUAGGGCAGUUGACUGUCAAACUGAAUAGGGAGACCAAGUAUACUUAAUAGUGUAAAGAAGCACCUAUCCUUCUGUUAUGUUUUGUAUGGUAUAUGUGGUUAAUAUAGACUGAGAUCUAGACUGAAACUAGAUAAUUAAAACUGUAGACGACCUUUUGCCUAGAUGCACACUUCUUGCGUGUGCACAAGUCAAGGUCAGUUUAUGGUUUUUCAGAUUUUUUUUUUUUUCCUAUGUAUGAGGAUCUCCUGUUAGCAUCAGCAGUAUGUUAAGGGGAGGGUAGGUCAGAGGUGUGUGGGGGUUUUCUUAUGCUUCGAAUAUUGUCAUGGGCUGCUGAAUUGAGUACUCCUUCAUCUGAACAAGAAAGCUAGGAAGUGAUGCAGUACUGUAUUUGGGUAGAAGUGGAUUAUGUUUGCUGGAGUAUGGUUUAGCUAGCUGAGAAUAUGUCUUUCCAAAGUACAUAAAAAAACUUCCCUCUAUAAUAAUGUUUCAUAAUAUUCUCCUUGCCCCCAGCACCCUUCUGAAUGAGAUAAUUGUCCUGUGAUAGGCUGCCUAUCUGGCACUUUUGACUGCAGACUUAUGUGAAUGUUUACAGACAUGGGCCAAGUUCUUCUCUCCCUUAUAAUCAUAAACAAACUGGUUGUCUAUAUGCUUUUCAGCUAUAAACUACAACUUGAUGGUGCUUAUCUUGUCCUGUGAAUAUAAGUGGGAGCAGAAUUUGGACCAUGGAUUUUUUUAGUAUUUUUUCCUUGGAAAACGUACAUGAUUUUAAAGGCAUAUAGCUAAAUUAACUGUUACAAUGCAGCAUAUAGAAAGGUCUUGCUUUGUUAGUGAAAUUGAGUUGUGCACUCUUCUAAUAAUGUUAGUAUCUGUGGCAAUGUGUAACACAUCAUUGAAUAUCAUCUGUUUAAGAAAGGCUCUUGAUCAUGGUCUAGAGACAAUAGAGGUGAAUGAUAUUCAAUCAUGUGAUUAAAUUAAAAUGUAGAGAUACUACACUGUAGAAAUGUUCUGC